UGCGUGAUCUGUUUUUGUUCACCAUCUUGGAAAUUAAACAAGUGCAGAGAUCUAUCAUCAGUUCAAGAUUGUGAUUGCACUAAUGGGAAGGACACCUUGUUGCGAUAAGAGUGGGUUGAAGAAGGGGCCAUGGACGGCUGAAGAGGACCAAAAGCUUAUCGACUACAUACAAAAGCAUGGGCAUGGAAGCUGGCGUUCUCUUCCCAAAAAUGCUGGCCUUGCAAGGUGUGGCAAGAGCUGCCGGCUUAGAUGGAUAAACUAUCUGAGACCUGACAUUAAAAGGGGAAGGUUCUCCUUUGAAGAAGAAGAGACAAUUAUCCAAUUACAUAGGAUUUUGGGCAACAAGUGGUCAACAAUCGCUUCUCAUUUGCCUGGAAGAACCGACAACGAGAUCAAGAAUUACUGGAACACACACAUUAGGAAAAGGCUUGCUAGAAUGAGGGUUGACCAUUUGGGUACUCACAAUUGUCAACUUGAUCAGCUCUCCUUGUGCAAUCCAUCUGCGUUGAUCAUGAACUUGUACCGAUUACUAGGCCUUCAGCCUCUGCUCAAUAGAGAGCUCGUGAAUAUAAUAGCCGCAAAUCUGAUCUCAUCACCUCAAAAUUCUAACCAAAGCAUAAAUGUUGGCAGCCGAGUGUUAAACAACCAACAGUUCAUUGGCCAAACACUCGUUUCUCAACAAGGUCUGCUUCAGAAUCAGAUACAAGAUCAAGUUCUCCUCACCACUCAAAAUGCUCGACUUGGUGACGAUGAGGUCCAGUUUCAACAAGGUGAGGACACAAACUUUUGGAAUGGCGUGCUAUCACAAAUUGGAGACGCUAAUGAACUCGUGAAUGGGCAAGGAAUUGCUAGCAGUAGCAACGUGGACCCAUAUUCUCUUCCCCAGUUGACUACAGAGAGCUUCAGUUGCUUCGAUGGGUUUACUGAUGACCAAAUCAACUGCAGUAAUUUGGCAUCUGCUGCAACUGCAUCAGAUUCGAAUAAUAUGAACUCUCCAACUUCAACAUUCGUCAACAAUAAUAAUAGCAGUGCUGAGGAUGAGAGCUGCAGCGAUUUUUUGGAGUUCCAGAUUCCGGAUUUGUUUGAUCUUGCUGACUACAUGUAGAACGUUCAAGUACAUACAUACAGAGGUUACGAUAUAAUUAAACAAGAAUGGGAGUAAUUAAGACGAUACGUACAG